UCUGGAAGGAUGUUGGCGAUAUAAGUAGAGCAGUCCGUAGCUGUCCAUCAGGGUGAUUGCCCAGAGAUACAACCAUCCAGUACCAACAACAAUCACUCCUAAGUCUGUACACCUGCUCUCGACUAUAUCACCGUGUCAAAAUGGCGCCUCAGGUUCCGGAGAAGCAGUGGGCACAGGUCAUUGAGAAGACCGGAGGACCCGUUGAGUACAAGGAGAUCCCUGUGCAGAAGCCAGGUCCAGAUGAGAUCCUUGUGAACAUCAAGUACAGCGGCGUCUGCCACACGGAUUUGCACGCUGUUAAUGGUGACUGGCCGCUUCCAACCAAGCUUCCCUUGGUGGGAGGCCACGAGGGUGCCGGAGAAGUUGUUGCGAUGGGCGAGCUUGUCAACGACUGGCAGAUUGGCGACUAUGCCGGUGUGAAGUGGAUCAACGGCUCUUGCCUGUCCUGCGAUUUCUGCCAGCAAUCCGAUGAGCCGCUUUGCUCCAAGGCUCUCCUCUCCGGCUACACCGUUGACGGCUCCUUCCAGCAGUACUGCAUUGCAAAGGCGGCACAUGCUGCCCGCAUCCCCAAAGAGUGCGACCUCGCCGGCAUUGCUCCCGUUCUCUGCGCUGGUAUUACGGUCUACAAGGGCCUCAAAGAGUCCGGAGCUAAGCCAGGGCAGACGGUAGCCAUUGUCGGUGCCGGUGGUGGCCUUGGUUCCCUUGCCCAGCAAUAUGCUCGCGCUAUGGGUCUGAGGACCAUCGCCAUUGACUCCGGCGAUGACAAGAAGAAGAUGUGCAUGGAGCAGCUCGGCAGUUACGCCUUCGUCGAUUUCGCUACCAGCAAGAACGUCGUGAAGGAGGUCCAGGAAGCCACCCCCGACGGUCUUGGCCCGCACGCAGUCAUCCUCGUUGCCGUGAACGAGAAGCCAUUCCAGCAAGCGGCAGAGUAUGUCCGCCCACGAGGCACCGUUGUCUGCAUCGGUCUGCCCGCAGGUGCCUACCUGAAGGCUCCGGUCUUCGAAUCCGUCAUAAAGAUGGUUACCAUUAAAGGCUCAUACGUGGGCAACCGUAAGGACAGUGCAGAGGCCAUAGAGUUCUACCGCCGCGGCGUUAUUAAGGCACCCUACAAGGUUGUUGGCCUCAGCAAGCUGCAAGAGGUGUAUGACUUGAUGCACAAGGGCCAGAUUGCAGGACGUUACGUCGUCGACACCUCGAAUUAAGCGAUCGCUGGUCGUAGUGGUGGUCGGGGUCGAGAGCGGUGUAGAUAUGGUAUUGCAAAACUUCAAAUCGUCCAACCCAACGUACUCAUCCAAUGUUACUUAGAC